ACACAUGAAGGUCAUCAUUAUGGGUCUCAGGACGAUCAUAUGGAUUGCCGCUGUGCUGCCUCGUCUGCGUCUGCGGGCGCUCUCAACCUCAUGCAACCCGACGUAUCACGGUCGCUCCGGGACGAGUCGGCGAUUCUCUCAUUACCACUCGUGUUUCACCGACAACGGCCGUCUUUCUGACUCCACUGAAGCCGUUUUUGCCGCGCAGUACAGAAAAGACAAUAGCUGCACCUUAUAUCCCUCGUCGGAGAUGGACACCCCGUUAUUGUCGGCGCAAGGAUCACAACGUGCCAUUCACCGAUGUCGAAGUCGCUACAACUAUUCAGCUGCACUCGUACGCGUCUCCGGCUCUAACACGCAUGCCUUCACGUCCACAGAUCAUCAUCGACGGUGUCCGGUAACUUGUGUUCAUGGUAUCGCAGGGCGUGCUACAGCUCAGACUGGCCCCGAGUGUCGUGUGUCCAGAGCUUGACUGACAACGACGCCUCAGGGAUAACAGAGACACAACGUUUGUUCUUGCAGCCUUGGCCACACAAGCCGUAUCUAUCGGCAUGAUAAAUCUCCACGAUUCCCACCUCAGCUCUGCGCCGUUCUCGCGGGUGUUUCGACCGGCCCAAACCCACUGCA